AUGCCAUUAAAUACUCUAUCGCAUAAAAAUCUGAAAUUCAUUGUAUUUUUUCUGAUUCUCGUUAUCUUUCUGUGCAGUUAUGUGGUAUUUUCAUUCAUUAAUAAUUCUUUUGAAAGUUCAAAACAGUCAAACUUGUAUCUUCGGCCACGAUCACCAAAUCUAGGCUCUGCAUUUGUUCAACGAGCCAUUUUAAUAUUUUAUCCAUCGAAUCAAGAACAACAUUAUUUCCCUGAAAUUCGAUGGUUAUAUCGUUCAUGGAUUGAAAUGAUGAAAGAUGAAUCGAGAAAUUGGCGCACAGAUUUAAUUAUAUAUACGGGAAAUUAUAGUUCAUCACUUCAACAACUUGGCUGUGUGCUGAAUGAAAUACGUUCAAAUAGUACUGAACAACCGCAAUGCCGAGUAUUUCUUUAUCUUCGUCUAUCAGCUCGUGAAAUAGAUACUCGAACUGAAAAACAAAGAUUAUUCGCUAAUGUCCAUCGCAAAGAUUUAUUUGAUAUUAAUAUUCAACGUUCAAUUUUAUUGUAUAAAAAUGUAAAAAAAUAUGACUAUAUUGAUUCUGUUAAUAUCAUAGCAGAGUCCUAUCCAACAUAUAAAUACUAUAACUUUAUACUUAAAACUGAUAUUGAUGUUUUUAUAACUAAACAAUUUGCUAAGUUUAUACCUGUUACAAAUGCAGCAUUGUUGGUUGGUCUCGGUGGUUAUUCCACGCCGUUUAAUACACGUCGUCUAGGACGUAUUGCACGAGAUAUGAAUUGGCAACAUGCUAAUAUGACUAAUAUUGGAUCAACAUGGUAUGGAUCUCCAUAUGUUGCUCAGCGUAUAGCAGAUUUAACAUUAGAUGCAAUGCUUCAUUUGUCGGAUAAUGAGUUCGCUCAGGUUGAGCGAGAUCGAAAAUUAGGAGUUUUAUUAUGGCCCGAUUGGCACUAUGGUGUACUCAGUAUGUAUGGUACACACUUAGCAGUAAAUCAUUUAUUAGUCUCUGAAAAGCUUGGUAUAAAAAGAGCCAAUCAACUAUUAGAUCAAUCGACAACAGAUCCAGAUCCAAAUAAUAUAGAAAAAAAUAAUCGUUUACAUUUACACUGUUGGCAUACAAAUAAAGAAUUUUCAAAAUUUGAAUUCAAAGCUGGAAAAUAUAAUAAUAUACAUCCGCGUACGUUAAUUCACAAUACGUCUGCUCAGGCUUAUGCUAUGAGAAUCGCAUUAGAAUCUAGGCUAAUGACGCUUGAUGAACUAGCGCAACGGUUGAAGAAUAUUGGUACUAGCAAAACGAAAUAA